UGCACACUUUACUUUACUUCAGUAUUCAUUCGGGCAGUGAUAUCAAUCGUAGUAGUUUCAGAUUUAUUCAAUACAUGAAAUAUAAUAAAAUUUGUAACCUUAUACCGGCUUUCAACAUCCAGUUUACAAACUUGUUAUCAGCUGGUACCUUUAUGUGUACUCUAUUUAGAUGAACAUUUAAAUUUGGGAUUUAACAUCUGUUUCCCGCCGUUUUUCUAAACAAACACAGAACCAAUAAAACAUGGAGUUCAACGAGACGACAGGGUUAAAAGAGCCAAGAGAUAGAUUCUGGUUUGUGUACUUGGUGUUCUACUAUAUUGGUUUAACAAUCAUGUUCCCCUACAGUAUGCUAAUCACUAUCACAGACUUCUGGUAUUACAAGUUUCGCAAUACCAGCAUACCUUUUAAUACAACAACUGAUCAGCUUACAGAGAUGCAGAUUAAUUUUCCAGCAUAUUUAUCAGUAACGGGAAAUGUACCGUUAACAGUGCUGGUUGUUCUAACGGUUGUUCUAGGGUACAGGAUCAACAUUAGACUCAGAUUGUUGAUAUCUGCUUGCUUGAUGGUUGUUACGUUUGCAAUAAUCACUUUAUUUUCAGGGUUAAACACAGAUGAUUGGCAGGAUGGAUUAUUUCUAGCAGUUCUUCUUGUAAACACGAUCUAUAGUUCAGUUAACGCAAUUUUUCAGGCGAGUUUUCUGGGAAAUCUUGGCCGUUUCCCUCCCAGGUAUAUUGGCAGUGCAAAUGAUGGAAUGGGUUUUGGGUCAGCUCUCCCUGCAAUCAUUAAUAUAAUCAUAAUUGCUGUUGGAUCAAACCAAGAGAAUAUUGGAGUGAUCUGCAUGUCUUUUUCUGUUCUGGUGAUCUUGGUCAUGAUUGCAUUAUACAUUCCAGCUUCCAAUACUGACUUCUAUACUCAUCAUGCUGGACUUCAAGACCUUCAUCAAGGAACAGCAGGAAUAUCUGACUAUUUAGAGGUUCUGAAGAAAACCUGGAUUUAUGUUUUAGUUAUAUUUGUAAAUUAUGGACAAACCCUUGCACUGUAUCCUGCUGUAGCUGCUCUAGUCAAACCGGUUUCCCAGGACUCCUCACGGUGGAAUGAAGUCUAUUUUCUACCAGUUUGUUGUUUUUUGUUCCAAGCACUGGGUGAUUGGAUUGGUCGAAGUAUUGCUACAUUUACUCAAUGGCCGGGACCAGGAAAAUACUCUGAGAUAGGGAUGCUGGUAUCAGUCUUACUCAGAGGUGGCGUUAUACCCUUAGUUAUGAGAUGUAACAUUGCUCCCUUGAAUCGGUCAACUGACAUUCUGUUCAAAUCUGAUCUAGCAUUCAUCAUCAUCUUUGGUAUCUUUAAUAUCUCUGGAGGUUUCAUAGGGAACGUUAGCUUGAUGCUGGGUCCAAAGAAGGUUGGAUUAGAUCUGCAGGAGGUGUCUGGGACAAUUUUUAUUGCUAUUCUAGUAUUUGGACUUGGACUUGGGUCCCUUCUUGGUCCAUCAUUGGUCUCAUUGUUAUAAUUAUUUUGUAUUACUCGCCACAAACUCUAUUUUUUAAAUCCGAAAUCUUUGGCAACCUGAGAUAUCUCAAGCUAUAAAUUUUGCUGGAUAAAAUAGUUUGAAAUAUCAUGGUUUACUCAGUACUAAAUCUAGUGAUUGGAAAAUUAGAUUUUUAGGCGACUUAUCUGCUCUUAUAUGAAAUAAUUCAUUUUACAUUAUUUGACCUUUCCUACCAUAGAUUUAUUGUUUUUUUUCACCGUUUUCAGAAAAUUUUACACAUUUUAGAUAAUUUUCAACUUAAAUCUUUUAAAACGGACUUUUUUAAGUACCUGUAUUACAACAUUCAAGUUUCAACAUCUAACAAACUUCUCUGUACUUACUUAGGAAAAAAAUGGGAUUUAAACAAUCUGAUGUUGUGUUUAAGACUUGAUUUCUCUUUUUUUCUUGUUACUUUAAUACUUCAGUUUUGUUGGUUCUAGUUGGUAACUUAAAUUCGUG